ACUAAGGGUAUGGCGACUUACAACAAACACCAGUUCGACAGAGAUGGCUACAUCGUAAUCAAGUAAGCUUACGCUAAAACAAAGCACAGUUACGUAGCAUGGCCUUUCGGUUACUGGCUGAGGGCAUGGUUUACUCUUCCGAAAGGUCGCUACUGAGUGGAGAGGAGCUCUCGCGUCUGCGAUCGUCUCUAGAAGGCGACAGUGAGAUCCUGAAGUACUCGUACGGCGUGAACGACGGACAUGGCCGGAGCUGCAGGAUGUGUCUGUGGAAUCACCCGGGAAAAGACAUUACUGGGAUGGUCAGUCGAUGUGAAAAAGUCGCUGGCACGAUGGAACAUCUGCUUGGUGGCGAAGUAUAUCACUACCAUACAAAACUUAUGAUGAAAGAAGCACACACAGGCGGUUCAUUUGUGUGGCAUCAGGACUACGGGUACUGGUAUCUCAACGGUUGUCUGUUUCCUGACAUGGGUACAGCAUUCAUAGCUAUUGACAAGUGCGAUGAAGAAAAUGGCUGCCUGAAGGUACUAAAAGGCUCGCAUCGUCUCGGUAGGAUUGAUCACAUACGAGUUGGAUCGCAGACAGGGGCCAAUGUGGAGAGAGUCAAAAUGGUGGAAAAGGUAUAAAACUUAAACUGACGUGUUUAGGAGUUUUCCAAACUUCUUUAUGCAAGGUUUUGCCAACUGUGAGAGUUGAGUUGGAGGCUGGUGACGGCCUGUUCUUUCACUGCAACCUGCUUCACUGCAGCGAUCAGAACUGUAGUGAUCGUCGCCGCUGGGCCUUCCUGAUUGCCUAUAACAGGGCCUCAAAUAACCCAGUGACCAAACAUCAUCACCCAAUGUACACUCCUCUUGUCAAGGUGCCAGAUUCAGCAAUUUUGGAAUGUAAAUCUCUGACGGAUUUAAAUGGAAAAGAUUUCAUGAACCCAUAUGAUGAUCAUACUGUAGGAAAUACCACCUCGUUGACGU